UGUUAGGUGGCAAAAAACACUGAACGGCAAAAUGUCAACUAAAGCACGUACAACAGACGUUUAACAGAAGACAGAUUAUCCUUGCUUCGUAAGAUCUUGAUGGUAUGGGUAAUAAACUGAAGGAGCUGAGUGAUGUGGAACUUCAAGACAUGCUUGACGAUCCAGAGAAGCUUGCAGACUUGAUAAAUGAUUUACCUGAGCUUCAGAAUGUCCAGCUGGAGAAGGAAAUGGCUUUUGCUACUAACCGCAGUCUAGCAGAAAAAAACUUGGAGUUUAAGCCACAACUGGAAAAUGGGAAGACUCAAUUGUCAGAAAAAUAUCAACAGCUUCAGCUUCUAUCCAACAAAUGUCAGGAGCAAAAAGAAAAACUUGGAAAAUUGGCUACUUCAUACAAACCAGAUCAACUGCUGAGUCUGCUACAGAUUGAAUGUGCAAACAGUGAUGAAGUUUCAGAGAGUACAGCAGAAGCUUUCCUAGCUGGCGAGGUGCCAUUAGAGUCCUUUUUGGAAGACUUUCCACACAAACGUAGACUGGCCCACCUACAACGGAUCCAACUGGAAAAACUGGAGGAACUCAUGUCUCGAAUGUCAAAUGGCACUGGCAACCCUGCAGACCAGAUCACACAUCCACAAAGCACUACAACUCAGACAACUGCUAGUGUUCCCUCAUUGAAGCCGGCAUUCCCUUUACCUUACAGUUCUGCUCCCGGCUCAUCUGACCAGAAGCCAAUGACCGAUCAAAGUCCUUAUAGACAGUUGCCUUCUGCUUCAUACCCCCAGUUGCCCAGUGCAGCCCCAUUACCUUACCAAGUGCCUUACUGUGCUUCUCCAAGCUUACCCACAGUAUCUGUGCCUUAUGGUAUGCCUCAACAGCAGCCUUCUUUCAUGCCUUCGGGAAACCAGCCUCCAUAUCCUUUUCCAAGCCAACCUCAGUUUCCCAGUAGUAGGCUUCCUGGGCAGCCUCCAUAUCCUGUUCAGCCACAAGUUUCAGGAGGAAUUGGUCUAUCUCAGCCUCCCUACCCGGCCUACCCUAUGGGACCUUAUUUUACACCUUUUCAGCCUACCCCAAACCAACCCCCUGCAGCCAUGUACAGACCAGGCUAUAAUAUGCCCAGACCAUACUCUUGAAAUAUAAAGCUAAUUUAUCACAUGAAGGAGGUUGGCAUUCUUGUUUUGCUUUGCCCUAAAGACAGGCUGGCUAUUUGUAAGAUAAUAGCUAGUAGCUACAUGAUAUCAGCUGCAACACCAUGAAUCCUAAUGAGAAAGAGUGACAAUUUUUACCACAUAUUAGGUUCCACAGUUUUAUCUAGUGUUUCACAAGAAGUGUUAAAAUUGCCCAUCUGUUACUGUGAUAAGUUAACUGACUUUUGGUAAUCUACUGCACGUUUCAGUAACUAGUUUCUCCCAUGAUACCUCAUUUGUAAGCUGGACCCUGGCAUGGUAUUAUGUACUUUAUUUUGAAUGCACAGAUUCCAUGUAUCCCAUGAAAACAGUUUUUAAUAUUACUUGACAGUAUCUGUUGGGAAUAAAAGGUCUUCUGCACCUUAAUGUAAACAUCAAAAGUCACACAGCUCCAUCUGUUUGAUUUGCUCUUUUUGUUCUCGCUAUAAAGGCUUUUUGCUCUGGUCUUGUCUUUUAUAUUAGUUCCCAUCAUGGGGUAAAAUGCUGGAUAUUUCACCAUUUUCUAUUUACAGCAGGAUUACUGCUGAGAAACUCCUUCCCUGCGAUGCAGAGGCCAGCAAAGUUCCAAGUUCACUUUGAUCCUUCUUCAUCCAAAGAUCCCAUGUGUGAAACUUAAAUUUUUUUUUUAAUAAGCGGAUGAUUUUCAACUUCUGGUCUUUUGUGUAAGAGGAACAGCCUCAUGUGAGGGAUGCACUCUGCAUGCUGCUUGCAAUUUGGAAGAUGUUAGAGCCUCUUCAUUAUGGAUGCUGUCUCAGUUCUCUAUUGUGAAUAAUCUAAGAACAGCCUCUCCCAGUUGUUUAUUACCCACAACUGCAUAUUAGCCCAGUGGAAACUGGUUCUUCCUUUUCAUGUGAUUGAGCCCAGUAAUUUUGCAUGUGGCUACAGUAACAAAUUGCAACUGCUGAUAAGUUUGCAAACUUGGUCUGUUUAACUGUUCUUUGAAAACCAUCUGAAAAUUGACCUGUGCUGUCAUCACUUUGCAUUAUGCUACCUGCUUUUUCAUGUGCAGUGUUAUAGCAUUAAGUGAGCAGUGAUUUUGCACUGCAUAGCAGAGUACUGAUAGAGCGGUGUUGCUGUCUGUCAUGCAAGCUGAAUUUUUUUUUCUUCGGUUCUUAGGCCUUGACAUCUGUGCCAGGUAUCAGCAGUCAUGUUUCUUUCACUUGUUGUGCUUGCUUGGACUAGUCAACACUUACAAGUAAUGUUACACUUCCGAUUUUGGGGAUGACAUUCUCUUUUAAGUGGAGCUAUUUGGAAAAUUACAGGAGAGAGUGACAUGACAUAUGACCUAUAUAUGCAGUAUGUGCCAGGUUUCUUUUGUAGUGAUUUAUUGCAGUCUUGCAUAGCAUUCCCACUCAAAACGCAUAAUGGAUACUUCUAAAUGGGCAGGUUGUAUAAAGUUCUUUAAAUUAAGCUACUGCAUUUAUAAGUGUCUGCAUCUGAAAGUGUAAAUGACUUGGUCUGUCCCACUGUAGUACUCCAUUACACAAUUUAGGGACCUUUCAAGGCCCCUAGCUGACGUCAGUGAAUUACAUUGCAAUUUGGCACAACUUCAUCAUUAAUGACUUGCCUUAGUUCUUCAGAUGGCAACAGUGUGCAAACCAUGUGCGUCCACAUUGUCAUUAGUGUUUUAGCCAUAGUGUUAACUGGUUGUGAGCGCCAUGCAUCUUAUAACCUUAUAUUUCUUGCCUCUUUCAGAUUAUUUUGUAAUGUUCCCCUUUAAUCCUAUUGCCCUGCAGUAUCCUUGAGUUGGUAUCCGUGUUUCAGUGAAGUACCUCCCAGGAAGGAGUACAUAUGCAGCUUUAUUGACAAGUGUAAACUUGUAUGCCAAUAUAACCAUGUUAGAAUGCUGUACAAUUAUUGUAAUAUAAAAUUAUGUAUAUUAUAGCUAUGUAAAUUAUCUUCAGACUGGUAUAAAUGUAAGAAAAUACUGUAUUUUUUCUUGUAAAGAUUUUUCUGUUAAGCAGAGAAAGGUGCACUGUACCAGCAGAGUGGCAGAGUUUCUUCAUAGCAUUAAACAUUUCAUUUCAAGACGA